CUGUUUUAUUAGCAACCGUGAUCAACUGAGCUCAUUUCGUCGUCGAAGAGAGUGGAGCGAUGUUCGCGACGGCAUGCCUGGCGGCAUUCGCGGUGCUUCUUUACAGUUUGUACAGAUGGAGGAAAAGGACACUUUCCGUGUUCAAGGAACUCGGCAUUCCAGGGCCAGAGCCUAACCUCAUAUUCGGCAACCUGUUGGAAAUCUGGAAGGAGGGUAUGGGUCCAUGCUCGAGCAAAUGGUUGAAGCAGUACGGAGACGUCGUUGGCUACUACAACGGCGCCAUGCCUGGCAUCGUGACGCGAGAUCGUGAAUUGAUUAAGCGCAUCUUCAUCAACGACUUUCAGUACUUCACGGGACGACAGAUCAUGGCCCUCGUGUCGAAAAACCUUCCUGUCAAUGAAGUCAGACUCAGCAGGGUGUCCGGAGACGAUUGGCGCUACUUAAAGAAUGUCUUGAUUCCCGCCUUCAAGACGAACAAUAUCAAGAAGGCUUUCUCUGUCAUGUACGACUGCGCCGAGGAGCUCUCGCGCGUCAUGGACUCCAAGAUCUCGGGCUCUGACGGCUGCGUCGAGGUGUUCCAACCGUUCUGCAACCUGGCCACUGAUUUCGGUCUGCAGUUCUUCGCCGGCGCUCGCACAGACGUGCAGAGAGACAACGAAGCCGCGCAGGCCCUGUGCAAGGCAGCUCGCCAAAGCGUCGGCCAAUUCGGCAGCGCCGCGCUUCUGUUGCUCAAUCUUCUCCCGGACAGUCCCCUAAUGCACAAAUUGCUUGUCAAAUUCCGCUCCUACUUCACUCAGCUGCCUUCGGACGAGAUGCUUGACCGGAUGGUUCCUAUCAUCAAUCUCAGAAGAGCGAAUCCUGAGCCUGAACGAGAAGAUGUGCUUCAGUUGCUAUUAAAUGCCGAAAAACAAGACAUGAUAAGCAAAGCAAAAGCCGAAGGCCGGCAAUUAUCACGCACUUUGACGCAACACCCGCUUGAGCUCAUAACGUCGUCCAACACCUGUAUCUUCAUUAUUGCUGGAAUCGACACCAUAGCUUCAUCGCUCGCCUUCGCAACGUACCUUCUGUCGGAGCACCAGGACGUACAAGACAAGGUUCGAGCCGAAGUCAAAGCCCAGCUCGAAAAAGAGGGCAAGCUCACGUACGACAACCUCAGUGAACUGACGUACUUGCACCAAGCACUGUUCGAAUCAUCUAGACUCUACCCUUCGCUUCCAGGCUCAGUGCGCAGGAUAUGUGACCAGGACUACGAGUACAACGGCAUCCGUAUCCUCAAAGGCAUGAACGUCUCUGUUCCCACACUCGACCUACACUACGACCCCACACUGUGGCCAGAACCCGAAAAGUUUGACCCUGAACGAUUCAGCAAGGCCAACAAGGCUAACAUACAUCCCAUGUCGUACCUCCCUUACGGAUUCGGACCGCGGAAGUGCAUAGCGUCUGCACUCUCGCAAGUGGUGAUCGCUCUCACAGUGGCCCUUCUCGUCACGAAGUACAGGUUACUGCCAAGCGGCAAGUACAAAGACAAACCACCUACGUAUACUGCAAAGACUUUGCUGGGAUUGCCCACGGAAGGUAUCUGGCUGAAACUGCAAAAACUUUAGGCGAUUAAGAAAAUAUGCGAUGCAAGAGCGUUUUCUUAUGUGAGUGACAAUAGUUUAGGUAUCUUUUUCGUCGAUUAUUUCGAUAUCAGCAGCGAGCGGCACUUUUACCUCACCACAUGGCGUAACUCAUGCAAUUGCACGUUUGCUGCUAUUUCCUAUCGCACCUGAACGCACUUGUCAAUAAAACAUUUCGAGUCUGGGCUUCGUAA